ACAGACAUCUUUUUGCGCGCUCUGCAAAGGCCAGGCGUGCCUCGCUCGCUGUGUGCCACCGGCGAAGGAACUCCGCGCUUUGCUGGUGGGUGCUCCGGGCGCUUGGGGGUUCGUGCUGCAUAAAACACUGCGGGAGCUGCAGCAGCACUUACCCCGACACGGAACAGGUGAUAGCAAGCAAUGGACCAAGAUUCACACUGCACAGCAGAAAGGGAACUGUUGGAAGCUGUAAGCAGAAUUACUACAUCUUCUACCACAAAUCCGUCUGAUAAAGAAGAAAAUCAACCCAAAGCUGAAAUUUCAUGUGAAGUGAGAAAAGAAGACCCAGAAAAGGAUGAGACACAAGAUUCCAGUGCAACCCUAAGUCCCAACUCUUCUAUGACCACUAAGGAGCUUCAGGAAUACUGGAGGAAUGAGAAACGCCAGCGCAAACAAAUCAAACUCCUUUUUGAAAUCCCAUCAACCAGAAUUGUAGAGCACCACUUAUCUAAAUAUGUGAUGUAUAAAAUCAUCAUUUUGCAAACAGGGAGUUUUGACAGCAACAAGUCUGUAAUUGAGCGGCGUUAUUCAGAUUUUGAGAAACUGCACAGAAAACUGCUGGAAGAAUUUAGCGAAGAACUGGAAGAUGUAACCUUUCCCAAAAAAGCUCUAACAGGAAACUUCACAGAAGAAAUAAUCAAUGAAAGAAAAUUAGCCUUCAAGGACUACCUGAGACACCUAUAUUCUAUGAAAUACAUCAGAAGAUCAAAAAAAUUUAUUGACUUUUUAACAAGGCCGGAGCUUCAGGAAGCAUAUGGUUGCCUGCGGGGUGGCCAGUACACCAAAGCUUUGGAAAUCCUUUUAGAAGUCAUUGGGCUGCAGGAAAGGCUGACGAGAGGGAACCCUGUUGCAAUUGUCCCUACUCUCUGUGCCAUCGUGGUGUGCCACAAGGACCUGGAAAACCCAGCAAGUGCCUUUGAAUUUGGAGAAAAAGCUCUGUCACGCCUUUGUGUGCAUACCAGCCACAGGUAUUAUGUGCCACUGUUAGAAACAAUGAUCACUCUGGCAUAUGAGCUUGGCAAGGAUUUUCUGUCUUUGCAAGAAAAACUGGAAGAAUGGAAGACAAAGAAAGAUCCCAUACGGGUUUUUACCCUGAAAGAACUCGCAGUUCGGGAGUACGUACGGUGAACACAAGAAAAAUUUAAUGAAAGAGCAAACUCUUGAAAGAAUGGGAACUGGAAAUUACCUGAUUGUGUUGCAUAGCAUUGUAUUAAUAGGAAAAAAAUUAAAUAUCCUCUAUGUUCAAAGGGACAUUAACAUCUAUGUUGGAAUAUAUUACAUCUACUGUACAGAUAUGAGGAGUUCCCGAGGAGCACUUUAAGGUUUCUUGAAGGAAAAGUGCAAGAAAAGAAUAAUUUAUGAUUUGG